UUAACCCGACCAAGUUUGCAGCGGUCGCUCACACUCCGCAAAAAGCGGCGCUGGUGCAGCUAAACUUGUUCGUUUUGCGAGGGGACGGAGGCUGAGCGGCGUUGAAGAGGGAUGGAGGAAGAUGAAGAGUUCGAGGAGGGAGUGGUGGUGGGUCAAAUCCCCACGGUCUCGGUCCCGCGCCACAUCAAGAAGAGGUCUCUCAGGAACAAAGGCGUCACCGUCGGUUUCGACGACAAGGAGCUAAGGGACUUUGUUACUGGCUUCCACAAGCGAAAGAAGAAAAGGAGAAAAGAAGCUCAAAGACAACUGAAAGAAAAGGAGAGAUUGAAGCGUAUUGAGGCUCGUAAGAAGCGGAAACAAGAGAGAGAAUUGGCCCUGUAUGGCAGAGUUAUUUCUUCAGAAAAUCCAGCAGGUUCUGAUUCAGGAGCUGAUGAUGGCAAUGAUUGCGAAGAAGAUGAAACGGACAUUGCUGGAUCAGUUUCAGAAACAAAGACAUAUGAAGAUGGCACUACAACAAUUAGAGUGACCACUAGUGAACUUUCCUGCGAAGACAAUGAUCUGAUGCUGAUGCCUGUUAUUCCUCAGCCAGCCUGCAGAGUCAAAAAGAGUAAUAGCCUAUCUGUGAAGAAGCUGCCAUUGAAGAAAGUUCACAAGUAUAAUUCACACAAUAAGGGUAGGAAGAAGUCUUCAUUCCAGAAUAAAGAGAAAAAGAAGGGCAAAAACAGACGUUAAUUGAUGUGAUAAUGAUAGUUUUGUUUAAAAUUUUGUAACCCAGCAGCAGGAUUCAGCAUUACAUUUGCUUGUAUGCAGCGAUGGUGGUUGACUAGAUGUCUCUUGAGUGCAUCAAGCUGUACUUUUUUAUAUAAUAAAAAAAAAAACGAUCAAUUGCGACCCUAA